GUGAUGCUGGUAGACAGCGUCUUGUUUCUCGGCUCCAAAAAGGUUAAAAGUAAGGCGGGAAGAAGGAAGCGAUGAAUCGGGUGGUAGAAGGAGAGAAGUCGCGAACACCUUGUGAUAUUACAACAAAAUUCACAGUUUGGAAAAUUCAAGUACGUCCAAUCACGUCAAAAUCUGACAAUUAUUCAGUAUAUCAGGACUAGGCCGUAAUCAGCCUUUGAAUAAUUGUAGAACAGGAGGAUUUUCAGUCAGGAAACAAACACCAAAUAUCACUUCAGUUUCUGACAGAGUCAUCGAUCUUACUGUAACCUGAAUAUCUUCAGAUUCUGAACAUGGAUGAAAAAAGCACCAUAAACAAUGGGGAGAAACUGUACAUAUGUUCUGUGCGUGGACGAGUAUUCAGCCAAUCAUCUGACCUGGUGGGACAUGAGUGCACUCAUAGUGCUGACAAACCUUGGAAAUGUGGGGACUGUGGUAAAGGAUAUAGAUCCCCAUCUGAGUUGGAAACUCAUCAGCGCAGUCACACUGGAGAGAAACAGUUCACUUGCUCUGAUUGUGGGAAAGGAUUCACUCGGUCAUCCACCUUGUUGACACACCAACAGGUUCACUCUGGGGAGCGACCAUUCACCUGUUCUGUGUGUGGGAAAGGAUUCACUCAGUUAUCAAAUUUGCUGAGACACCAGCAGGUUCACACCAAUGAGAGACCUUUUAAAUGCACAGACUGUGGGAAGUGCUAUAAAAGUUCCGGGGAAUUGAUUCGCCAUCAACGUGUUCACACCGAUGAGAGACCAUUUAGGUGCUCUCACUGUGGAGCUGGGUUCAGGACAUCAUCUGACUUCCUCAUACACCAGCGAGUUCACACUGGUGAGAGACCAUUCAACUGCUCUGAGUGUGGGAAGGGAUUCACUCGCUUAUUUCAGCUGCAGGAACAUCAGCACAGUCAUACUGGGAAGUGGCCAUUCACCUGCUGCGAGUGUGGGAAAGGAUUCAUUCAGUCAUCUGGCCUGUUGACACACCAGCGAGUUCACACUGAUGAGAGACCUUUUAAAUGUCCCAACUGUGGAAUGUGCUUCAAAAGUACCGGGGAACUAAUGUCCCAUCAACGUAUUCACACCAAUGAGAAACCAUUCAGAUGCUCUCAUUGUGGGUCUGGGUUUAGACGAUCAUCCCACCUCACUGUACACCAGCGAGUUCACACGGGGGAGAAACCAUUUGUUUGCUCCGAAUGUGGAAAAGGAUUCACUCAGUCAUCCCACCUGCUGACACAUAAGCGGGUUCACAGUGGAGAGAGGCCAUUCACAUGCUCUGAGUGUGGGAAGGGUUUCACUCGAUCAUCCCACCUGCUGAGGCACCAGGGACACAGUCAUACUGGGGAGAAACCGUGGAAAUGUGGGCACUGCGGGAAGGGAUUCAGCUACCCUUCAGAGCUGGAAACUCACCAGCGCAGUCACACUGGGGAGAGGCCAUUCACCUGCUCUGAAUGCGGGAAAGGAUUCAUUCGGUCCUCCCACUUGAUGAGACACCAGCGCACUCACACUGGGGAGGGACCAUUCAUCUGCUCUGAGUGCGGAGAGAAAUUCACUCUGCAUUCCAACUUCAUGAUUCACUGCCAAAUUCAUAGCGGAAAAAUACCUUUCACCUACUCUGUGGAUGGGCAGCCAUUCAUUGAUUCAUCUACCCUGCAAAACCAACGUGUUCACACUUUUGAGAGACCUUUCAAAUGUCAAGGCUGUGGGGUGUGCUGUCAAAGUUCUGUGGAACUGAUGGCCCAUCAGCAGGUCCACACUGAUAAAAGACCAUUCAGAUGCUCUUACUGUGGGACUGGGUUCAAACACUCAUCUCAACUCAUCGUACAUGAGCGCCUUCACACUGGGGAGAGACCUUUUAAAUGCACAGACUGCGGGAAGUGCUACAAAAGUUCUGGGGAACUGAUGUCCCAUCAACGGGUUCACACUGACGAGAGACCGUUCAGAUGCUUGCAUUGUGGGACCGGCUUCAAGCACUCAUCUCAACUCACUGCACACCAGCGAAUUCACACGGGAGAGAGGCCAUUCACCUGCUCUGAGUGUGGGAAGGGAUUUGCUCAAUCAGCUGAUCUGCUGACUCACCAGCGGGUUCAUACGGGGGAGAGGCCUUUCACAUGCUCUGAGUGUGGGAAAGGAUUCACUCGCUCCUCACAUCUGGUGACACACCAGCGGGUUCACACUGGGGAGCGGCCGUUCACCUGCUCUGAGUGUGGGAAGAAAUUCACUCAGCUCGCCCACCUGCUGACUCACCAGCGAGUUCACAAUGGAGAGAGACCUUUUCAGUGCCCAGACUGUGGGAAGUGCUACAAAAGCUCUUGGGAACUCAUGUCCCAUCAACGUAUUCAUUCUGAUGAGAAACCAUUCAGGUGCUCUCAUUGUGGAAUAGGGUUCAAGCGGUCAUCUCAACUCACUGUACACCAGCGAGUUCACACCGACAAGAGACCGUUUAAAUGUCCUGACUGUGGGAAGUGCUACAAAAGUUCUGCAGAACUGAUGUCCCAUCAACGUGUUCACACUGACGAGAGACCUUUCAGAUGUUCUCACUGCGGAGCUGGCUUCAAGCACUCAUCUCAACUCACUGUCCACCAACGAAUUCACACUGGGGAGAGGCCUUUUAAGUGUACCGACUGUGGGAAGUGUUUCAACAGGGCUGAUGGACUUACAUCCCAUCGACGUGUUCACACUGACGAGAGGCCAUUUAGAUGCUCUGACUGUGGGACUGGGUUCAAGCGUUCAUCUCAACUCAUUGUCCACCAGCGAAUUCACACCGGGGAGAAACCAUUCACCUGCUCUGAGUGUGGGAAAGGAUUCACCCGGUCAUCGCACCUGCUGACUCACCAACGAGUUCACACUGGGGAGAGGCCUUUCUCCUGCUCCGAGUGUGGGAAAACAUUCACUCAGUCAUGCCACCUGCUGACACACCAGCGGGUUCACACUGAUGAGAGACCAUUCAUCUGCACCUACUGUGGAAAGAGUUUCAGGCACUCAGGCAGUGUCAACGAACACCAGCGAAUCCAUACAGGGGACAAGCCAUUUCUCUGUUCCAAAUGUGGGAAGGGAUUCACUCAGUUAUCUCAUUUGCUGACACACCAGCGGGUUCACACUGAUGAGAGACCCUUCGUCUGCCCUCGCUGUGGAAGGAGUUUCAGGCAUUCCAGUAGCCUCAUUUCACACCAGCGAGUUCACACCGGGGAGCAGCCGUUCACCUGCUCUGAGUGUGGAAAGGGAUUCACGCAGUCAGCAAACCUGGUGAUCCACCAGCAAGUUCAUAAGUGACCAUGGGUUGGAUUCUCCUGUCAGUACAGCUGUUAGUCGCAUCCUGGACUGGCCCAUACUACUCUGAUAUUUGCUGUUUGUGUCUGCUGAUGAUGUUAAUGGUCCCUGGAGUUUAAUAUUCUGGAUCUAUAGCUGUUUUCCUCAGCAUGCAGUUUCCUUUUGGGAACUGCUGUCUGUCUUCUGUCCCCUUAGUUCAAGAAAUCUCAUCAGAAUAUAGAUUAGAAUAAUAUUCCAUUCCAAAUCUCUACAUGUUAGUGUCUGCAAGGUGCCAUUGAUUAAAACUUACAGCGAGGAAAGUGCAGAUGAAUAUUUGUUGACAAUUCUUACAGUGCUCUACACACUUGCCCCUCCAUCAUCCACCAGAAGAAGGGGAUGUAGAAAUUGGGUGAGAAUCAAGGGUCUCCAAAUAUUACCUUUCAGCCUGGUACAGAUGUCCAGUCAGCUCAUGAAUGGAGACAAGUGCAAUCUACUUAGUCUGAUACUGACAAGAGACCUUUUAAAUGUCCUAAUUGAAAAAUGUGCUUGAUAAGUACGGGGGAACUAAUGACCCAGCAAUGUAUUCACACUGAUGAGAGACCAUUUUAGAUGCUCUGAUUGUGGGACUGGGUUUAGGUGGUCAUCUAAACUCACUGUUCACCAGUGAGUACACUGGGGAGAGACUAUUCAUAUGCCCUUGAGUGGGGGAAAGGAUUCACUCAGUCAUCCCACUUGCUGACACCCAAGUGGUUCACAGUGGAGAGAGGCUGUAGACAUGCUGUGAGUGUGGGAAGAGUUUCAAUUGAUCGUCACAUUUGCUGAGGCACCAGGGAGAUUGCAACUACUUUUUUUUCUUUAUUCAGUCAUGGGAUGAGGGCAUCGCUGGCCAGGCAGCAUCUGUUGCCCAUCCUUAAUUGUCUCAAGGGCAGUUUAGAGUCAACCACAUUGCUGUGGGUCUAGAAUCACAUGUACGCCAGACCAGGUAAGGAUGGUAGUUUCCUUCCCUAAAGGACAUUAGUGAGCCAGAUGGGAUUUUCUGACCACCGACAAUGGGUUCGUGGUCAUCAUUAGAUUCUUAAUUCCAGAUAUUUGAUUGAAUUCAAAUUCCACCAUCUGCCCUGCGGGUUUUGAACCUGAGUCCCCAGAACAUUAUCUGGAUCUCUGCAUUAAUAGUCCAGCGAUAAUUGAUAGGAUUCUUCUGUUAAUCACACCCAGGAGUGAACAAUGUUCAAUGGAAUCUGUUUCUGUUGAUUUUAAUGAAAUCUAGCUAAGUUAAAUAACCCAGUAUUCUGGA